AUGUCGGACCACCUACCCCCACUCCUCACGGACAUCGUCGAGGAGGCGCCUUCAGCCUCCAUCUCCAGAGCCGCCUCCCAACCUACACUCAGAGGCAACGAUACUCCCAUCGAUGAGGUCCCCCCCCUCCCACACCACUCACACUAUGAACACAACCCACCGCCACCGUCUUCACCGCGUCCAGAGCACAAACGCCGCAGAGACUCCCGCAGGGACUCGCAAGUUUCCCAUGUCUCCGUCGAAUUUUUCGACCCGGCGGGUGUGGAACAACUUCGACGGACGUUGACGCAGCAGACGAAGCAGGAGCAGCAUGAAAUGCAGGAGUUGGGUGGCUCGCAGGCUUCGGCGGCGAGCUCGGAGGUGACGUUGAAUGUCAACGGUGACGGACCGUUUGACUUUGAGAAGAUGUUGAGGCAUGCCGUUCGCAGACGCGACGAACGGCAGAUCAAGCACCGCUCGCUGGGUAUCGUCUUCCAGGACGUCCAUGUUAUCGGUCACGGCGUGUCGGAUUCAUUCCAGCCGACGCUCGGAUCGGUGCUCAACCCACUAGCCGCCAUCGAACAGAUCCAGAAGGCCCGCCACCCGGCGCUGCGUGAUAUCCUCGUUGGGUUUGAGGGGGUGGUGAAGCCACGGGAAAUGCUCCUCGUGCUUGGCAGCCCCGGGUCAGGUUGCAGCACCCUCCUCAAGACGCUCGCGAACCACCGGAAGGAGUACUACUCCGUGCAAGGCGACGUGCACUACGACUCGCUCUCGCACGAGGACCUCGACAAGCGCUUCCGGGGCGACGUACAGUACUGCCCGGAAGACGAUGUGCACUUCCCGACUCUGACGGUCGAGCAGACCCUCAAGUUCGCGGCGACGGCCCGCACGCCCCGGGUCCGUGUCGAUGCGUCGCGAGAGGAGUUUGCGGACUCGACGACGAACCUGCUCGCUACGAUCUUUGGGCUGAAGCACGUCCUGAACACGCCCGUUGGUGACGCCUCUAUUCGGGGUGUGAGCGGAGGCCAGAAGAAGCGCGUGUCGAUCGCGGAAGCUCUUGCUGCUCGGAGCUGCAUCGGAGCAUGGGACAACUCCACUCGUGGACUCGAUGCCUCAACUGCGCUCGAGUUCGUCCGUGCUCUCCGUAUCGCGACGGACGUCUUCGAGCAGACCACGAUCGUCUCGAUCUACCAGGCCGGCGAGUCGCUUUACCAGUACUUCGACAAGGUCUGCGUCAUCUACGAAGGUCGCAUGGCCUACUUUGGCCCUGCGGACCAAGCAAGGCAGUACUUCAUCGACAUGGGAUACGAGCCAGCGAAUCGCCAAACGACUGCCGAUUUCCUCGUGGCCGUGACGGACCCCAAGGCCCGCAUCCCGCGCGCAGGCAUCACGAACCAGCCACGCACCGCGGCCGAGUUCGCCCAGUACUUCAUGAACUCGGAGCUAGGCCUUCUGAACAAGAGCGAGAUCGAGACGUACCGCGACGAGCAUGUCGGCAAGGCGCACAAGAAGGACGCGUAUGUCCAGAGUGCGAGGGCGGAGUUUGCGAAGAGGAGUCACAAGAACAGUCCGUACUUGUUGAGCAUCCCACAGCAAGUCAAGGCCGUCAUGAUUCGCAGAGUGCAAAUUAUCAGGGGUAAUGCGUUGGCCACCGGCCUCAAUCUAGUUUCUUUCAUUUUCCAAGGCAUCAUCAUGGGGACUGUGUUCUUGAAGUCCCAGGACGCGACAAGCGCCUAUUUCUCGCGCGGAGGUGUUCUCUACUUCGCGCUGCUCUUCUCGGCACUCUCAGCCAUGGCCGAAAUCCCGUCUCUGUACUCUCAACGUCCCAUCGUACUCAGACACGACCAGGCAGCCUUGUACCACCCCUUCGUGGAAGCUAUGGCGCUCACACUCGUCGACUUCCCCAUUACGCUCGUUACCACCAUUGUUUUCGCCAACAUCCUUUACUGGAUGGUUGGUUUGCAAGCCAGCGCUGACCAAUUCUUCGUUUUCCUGCUGUUCUUGUUUGCGAUGAGUCUGACCAUGAAGGGCUGGUUCCGGGCCACCGCUGCGGCCUUCAAGUCGGAGGCUACCGCCCAAACGGUCGCUGGUAUCUCGGUGCUCGCGCUCGCAAUUUACACAGGUUACACCAUUCCCAAGCCAUCUAUGAUUGGAGCGCUGCGAUGGAUCACUUACAUAAAUCCGCUGAAAUAUGGGUUCGAGUCCAUUAUGACGAACGAGUUCCGCACUAUCGACGGUGUUUGCUCAAAUCUUGUUCCGCAAGGCCCUGGAUACGAGAACAUCACACUCGACAACCAAGUUUGUACCACGGUUGGCUCUCUCCCCGGUCGGUCAACUGUCGACGGAAACCGCUUUGUGGAGUUGUCGUACGGAUUCAAAUGGAGCAACACUUGGAUGAACUUUGGUAUUGUCGUGGCGUUUGGCGUCGCCUUCCUGGCCGCGCUCUUGAUCUUCACCGAGUUCAACACCUCCCUGUCAACUGAUACUUCCGUCGUUCUCUUCAAGCGUGGUACCAAGCCCAAACCCAAGCGCAAAGCCGGCGAUGAGGAGAAGGGUGAUUUCAGCGAUGAGAAGACCCCCGCUGGUUCUGUCGCUCUUCAGAAACGCCCUUCUUCGAAUGAUGUCGUCGCCCCUGCGAUGACGGACAUUUUCUCCUGGCAGAAUAUCAACUAUACGGUGCCUAUCCCUGGGAAGGAAGACAGGCAGCUCUUGGACAGUGUUUCAGGCUAUGUCGCACCUGGCAAGCUGACGGCUCUCAUGGGUGAAUCCGGCGCGGGUAAGACGACACUACUCAACGUCCUCGCCAUGCGCACGGAUACCGGUGUCAUCACUGGCGAUUUGUUCGUCAACGGACAGGCGGUACCAGCCGACUUCCAGUCCCAAACUGGCUACGUUCAGCAGAUGGACACCCACGUUCCGUUCAACACCGUUCGUGAAGCUCUUCUCUUCUCCGCCAAGCUUCGCCAGCCCCCUUCGGUCCCGCUCUCAGAGAAGGAAGCUUACGUCGAGAAAUGUCUUGAGAUGUGUGGUCUUGUCGAUUACGCGGACGCCACUGUCGGUUCUUUAAACAUCGAGCACCGCAAGCGUACGACUAUUGGUGUCGAACUCGCCGCCAAACCCAAGCUCCUGCUCUUCUUGGACGAACCCACCUCCGGCCUUGAUUCGCAGAGCGCAUGGGCCAUCAUGUCGUUUUUGAGAUCCCUUGCCGACAGUGGACAGGCCAUUCUUUGCACCAUUCAUCAACCGUCUUCUGAGCUGUUCCAGGUCUUCGAUAGGCUCCUGUUGUUGAGGAAAGGCGGCCAGACUGUUUACUUCGGCGAUAUCGGCCAAAAUGCGACCACUCUCAUCGACUACUUCCACACGAAUGGUGCCCGAGAAUGCCAACAGGCAGAGAAUCCCGCAGAAUAUAUGCUCGAUGUCAUCGGAGCCGGUGCAACUGCAACUAGCGCACAGGACUGGUACUCGCUCUGGAAGACAUCGCCAGAGGCCAAGGCCCUCCAAGAGGAGCUCUACUCCAUCCACGUUGAAGGUCGCAACCGCCCCGCUGUCGAAGCCACGUUCCACUCCGAAUUCGCCACCUCUUGGGCUUAUCAAACAUGGGAACUGUUCAAGCGCGACGCCGAGGCCCACUGGCGUGAUCCUACUUACCUCAUGGCCAAACUCGUCCUCGCCGCCGUUGGAGGUCUCUUCAUCGGUUUCACGUUUUUCAAAUCCAAGGACAGUCAACAAGGCACGCAGAAUAAACUCUUCGCUAUCUUCAUGGCUACUAUCAUAUGCGUUCCUCUCUCGAAUCAACUGCAAGUUCCCUUCAUCAACAUGCGCAAGAUCUACGAGAUUCGUGAACGCCCAAGUCGGAUGUACAGCUGGACUGCGCUUGUUACCUCGCAGAUUUUGAUCGAGAUCCCAUGGAACAUCCUGGCGUCCUCCAUUCUGUUCGUGACGUGGUACUGGACGAUCGGCUUCCCGACGUCCAGGGCGGGAUACAGCUACUUCAUCAUGGCGGUCGUCCUUCCUUGCUACUACACCACAUUCGGCCAGGGCGUUGCUGCGAUGGCGCCCAGCGCAGAGAUUGCCGCCGUGCUCUACUCGUUCCUCUUCUCCUUCGUCAUCACAUUCAAUGGUGUCCUACAGCCGUUCAGCCAACUAGGGUGGUGGCGAUGGAUGUAUCGCUUGUCGCCGUUCACUUAUCUCAUCGAAGGUUUACUGGGUCAAGCUAUCGGUCGCCAGCUCGUCAACUGCUCCCCUGUAGAAUUCGUCCCAAUCAACCCUCCCUCGGGGUUGACCUGCGGGCAGUAUAUGGCUCCCUACAUCGCACGCGCCGGUGGUUAUUUAGCCAACCCGCUCGCCACGACUGCCUGCGAAUUCUGCAGCAUGCGCACCACUGACCAGUUCCUCGAGCAAGCAUUCAACAUCCGCUACGACCACCACUGGCGUAAUUUGGGUAUCCUUAUUGCGUUCUCUGUCUUCAACACUGCUCUCGUCUUCAUCUUCACGUACCUCUUCCGCAUUCACAAAGGCAGCUUCCUUCCGCGCAAGAAAAAUUAG